AUGAGACGCGUUUUGACGUGCUUGUGCAGUAUGCAAUGCGUGAAAUUUGCAUCGGGUUUCUUCUUAGUUACAACCACCAUGUCCCACUUUGUGUCUUCUCCUAGCAACAUUCCGUCAGAUGCUGCGCAGUUGCUUCGGUCUUCACAACCUCCAUCGUCCAUAGGACGCUCUGGAGCUUUUACGCCCCAACCGGCGCUCUAUAGUGAAGCUGGUAUAAGUCAAGCCGGCGGGUCUCCCCGACCACCUCCAGCUGUAAUUCCGGGCAAACGACGCCAGAUUAAUGUUCCCAAGGUUGUGGACGUCACCGGAGAGAAAGUUCGUGAGAGCUUUGAGGCGUUUUUGGAGGAUUUCGUCGACAAUCAAUCGUCCGAAGACAAUGACAGCUGGCAGGGCCGUGUCUACUUGGCGCAAAUCGAGGCAAUGAAAACUUACGAGUACUCCACGUUGUACGUGGACUACCAGCACUUGGUUUCCCGUGAAAACGGAGUGUUGGCGACGGCCAUUUUGGAACAAUAUUACCGGUUUUCUCCGUUCUUGUUAAAAGGGUUACGACUGGUUUUGAAAAAACAUGCUCCGUCUCUCUUGUACACCAAUGCUCUCGGCAAUGGUGAAGAUAAUGACGAAGAUAUGGCUGCCGACGCCACAACCUCUUCCACCACCACGUCGCAGGCCAACGAAAGAGUGUUCCAAAUUUCAUUUUUCAACUUACCCACCGUGCACAGAAUCCGAGACAUUCGGACCGACAAAAUCGGAUGUUUGAUGUCGAUUCUGGGUACGGUGACGAGAACGUCAGAAGUACGCCCGGAGCUCUAUCGCGCCUCGUUCACCUGCGAUAUGUGCUCGGCAAUUGUGGAAGGUGUGGAGCAGGUUUUCAAAUAUACCGAACCGACGGCUUGUCCAUCCUGCGAAAAUCAAUCGUACUGGACACUCAAUGUAGCCAAGUCUCAGUUUGUGGAUUGGCAACGAGUACGGAUCCAGGAAAACUCCAACGAAAUUCCUACAGGAUCAAUGCCGAGAACCCUCGAUGUGAUUUUGCGUGGGGAUACAGUUGAGCGCGCUAAACCAGGAGAUAAGUGCAAAUUUACCGGCACGGAAAUUGUCAUUCCUGAUGUUUCGCAGCUUGGGUUACCUGGUGUGAAGGCCCAGUCGGUGCGGGAGAACCAAGGGUCUUCGGAUUUGAAUUCUGGAGUCAGCGGAUUGAAGGCACUUGGAGUGCGAGACCUCACAUACAAGGUUGGAUUCUAUGCCUGCCAUAUUUCGUCGUUAAUCAACCGUAGUUUUGGUGACGAUAAGAACAAUACCGAGGUCGAUUUCCAGGGCUCGGGCGACCAGGAAGUGUUUUUGAACUCGCUCAGUGAUGCCGAAGUGGCCCUGUUGAAGGAAAUGGUGAAGGAUGAAUACAUCUAUGACAAACUUGUGAGAUCCAUUGCCCCAGCGGUGUUUGGCCAUGAAGGUGGUCAAGAAAGGGUAUUUUGCUCCAGAUGCUAA